AAACUUUAAAAAAAAGUAAAAUUAUGCCUGCUCAAGUACAAAAAAGAAAUAAAAAAUUCUCUCAAAUCUAAUCCCUUAAAAUAACCACUGUUAACAUUUCAAUGCCUCUUAGGCGUUAAAAAAGGCACAGGUAUAUUUUACAUGUACGUAUAAAUGCAUAUAUAUUCAUAUAGUAUUUUAUAUAUUUUACAUCAACUAGGUCAUGUUUUCUGCUGUUAACGUGAUUUUCACUCAAGCUUUUCAAUAAAAAUUACAUUUUUAAUGUAUAUUUUGAAUAAAUAUUACAUAUUUUUACAUUUGAAAGAGAGAACACACACACGGUGGGGAGCAGAGGCAGAGGGGAAAGAGAGAGAGAGAGACAGACAGACAGGGACACAGGGACAAGGCAUCGUACGUCGGCUCCAUGCCCCGCACAGAGCUGGAUGCAGGGUUCGAUGUCACAACCCCGGGAUCAUGACCUGAGCCAAAAUCAAGAGUCAGACCCUCAACCAACUGAGCCACCCAGGUGCCCCAAAUAAUUAUUGUAUAUUUAAAUAACCCACUACUAAGUUGACAUUUAGGUGGCUUCUCACUUUUUUGCCACUUUAACAUCUAGCUUUCUAUCUUUGUUGUUAUUCUUUGUUUUAAAUGUAUUUCUACACUGUGUGUUAUAAUAAAGAUCGUGGUGGCUAAUAUUUAUUAAAUAGAUUCUCUGUUAAGCUAAAUUCUCUCCACAUCUUUGGGACAGAGAUCCACUUUAUAGGUGAAGAAACUGUAGCGCAGAGAUGUUAAUUCACUUGCCUGGUUUAUACCACUAGGAAGUGAUAGAAGGAAGAUUUGAACCGAGGCUUUUUACGGCUGGGGCUGAUUACCUUUUCCACUCCCUCUUUGUUGUGCAGUGUUUGUCAUUGGUAACACUGCAUUUUAAAGUGCCAAAAGCUAUUUACUUAAUAGAAUAUUGAUUGUUAACAUAACUAUUUGCCUGACACAUAAUUAUCUGGUAAAUAUUUGUUAGAGAAUGGAAGGAUGCAUUCAUGCCACUAUUUACUCAUCCUAUUUUAUAAGUGAGAUGAUAUUCUAGAAGUCAUUUGCAAAUUCUUUAUGCUGUAUUCAAAAUGUAAUUUCGAUUACAAAGAGUGUUAACAAACAAACCGUGUGUCUGAAAUGCGUGUAUGUUUAUAUGUGUAUGUAGGCAUUUAUAUACAAAGCAACUGUUUAUUGAGCACAUGCUUAAUAGUUCUUGUUCAUAAUUAUAUCUAAUCCUCACUAUAUAGCAUAAGUGAUAGUUUCCCUAUUUUUUGGAUGGUGAAUCUGAGGCUCAGUGAGGUUAAGUAACUUGCCCAAGAUUGGGUGAAGAACUUACAGAUCCCGGCCUUGAUUUCAAACUGCUCUUACUCCAGAAUUCGUGAUUUUUACCUCUCCAUUAUUACUGUAAACCCACGUUCCAGUAAAUAUUUAGUGAGCACUUUACCUGGUGCCAUGCUUGGUGCUGUGGUACUUUAUGUACAGCAACUCAUUUAACUCUCUCAUCAAUACUGUGAGGUCAUUACUUUUACUGUCCCCUACUAAGUACAGAUGAGGGGUGGAGGCUUGUGGGGCUCUGUCAUUGCCCACGUCCUUGGAAUUUGCAAAAGAGGAGCUGGGUUGGGGUCAGCUGUGUGGUUCUAGAGCCCAGAUUCUUUGUAACCACCAUGGCCUGCAUCCGAAAAGAUCACUGUUUGCUACAAUACAAAGGUUUUAAAAAAAAACAAAAAACAGCUAACAUCUAAUGGAUGCUUUUAAAAAGCAAGUUUCAUUAGAGGAGAGGAAUAUGAUGCAGAAGAAGACUUUCUGACCCUUGCUAGGGAUUUACAGAUUGAUGACUGGAGUUUUAAGUCCAAUUUUAUUUCAAAACUUAUAAUUUACUGGGAUAAAAGAAGAAUUAGGCAAUGUGAUAGGCUUGCGAGUCUGCUUACUGAGGUCCCUUCUCUGUUCAGAGGUUUUAGAAGGCAAAGGGAGUGUGAAUUUUAUCCUUUCACCAUUCAGAAUCCUGUAUCUGAAUUUGUUUAUGUUGUCUUUGAGACUGCUUAUAGCGGACUACAGUGCCCAUCAGAGAAACUCUUCAUUCUCCUAGUGGGCCCUGAAAUGUGUUCCAGAUGACAAGGUAAUUACUUGUAAGUGUGAGGCUCAGUAACACCAUUGCACGGCACAUCAGUGGCUCUGUUGACAGGUAGUGUGUUUGAGUGUGAAGCAUGCUAGCCUUCCAGACCUAAUUUGGGCCCUUACUGAUGAUGAUAUUAUUAUUAUUAUUACUAUUAUCAUUAUAAUAACCCUCAUCACCCUCAUCAUUAUUGGUAUUUACAGGUUUCUGUCUGAAACCCUGAACAGGUUUAUGACCACCUCUUCUUGAGAAGGAGUUUUUUAAGUUAUAAAAUGGUUAUAUGCUCUUAGGAGAAAUUACUAUGUAAAAUUGCACUUGAGUGCUAGCCCUUGAGGUGUUAAGUGACUGGCUGCCCCCUACAUAGACAGAAAAUGACUCAUUUUGGAAACCUCUUAUCUAAGUGAAUCUUAGAUAACGUAAAAUAAGAAAAACUCAUGUUUUUAAGUUUGACUUUUGGGGGAUGUACUGAAUGUGUUAUAUUUCAUUUUAAAAUAUAAAAAUAGUCUUCACAAAACAUUUCCAUCUGUAAUGUAGUCAGGCUAAUCAUGUAAAAAAUUUUCUGGAUUCUCCACUUUUUUCCUAAAGAACUCAGAAGUCUUAAAAAUAAUUUCUGUGAAAAUAUAAAAAUUUCAGCUUUCUUUUAUAUUGAAGCCAUUAAACUAUUUCUUUCUAUUUUUAAUGAGAUAAUUUUAAUCUGUCUUUAAAUACUGAAGAAAUGAAAUAACUUGUUUGUAGAUAUUUUUGAUUAUUGUUGGAAGAAGAGAUAGUCAUUCAAAGAAAGAAAUUGGAAUUUAAGCUGCUGUGGCCUUAGUAUUUAUUGCAUCGUUAAUUCUAUUUUUAAAAAAAUUUGUUUAAUGUUUAUUUUUGAGAGAGAGACUGCAUGAGUGGGGUAGGGGUGGAGAGAGAGAGGGAGACACAGAAUCUGAAGCAGGCUCCAGGCUCCGAGCUGUCAGCACAGAGCCCGACGCAGGGCCCAAACUCACGAACCGUGAGAUCAUGACCUGAGCCGAAGUCCGAUUCUUAACCAACCGAGCCACCGAGCCCCACGUUAAUUCUGUUUUUAACUUCUCCUUCAGAACAUGAGUAAGUUGAGUGCUGUGUCUAAUACAUAACUUAGUACCAGGAAAUCAUCUUCUCUUUUGAACGUGAUGCCCUUCACAGUUCCUUCUCGUUUGCUCUGUUCGUUACAUUGAUCCAUUGGCAAAAUAAACAUGAUGAUCCCCACUUUACAGGUAAACAGAGGAUUAGGUUGCCUUGCCCACAACCCAUCCUUCACGCCACCCAGCUUCAGAAGCCUCUUACAUCCAGCGCUUUUCUACUGCGGCACGGCGGUCUCUCCAUGCUAACAUUUUGUUAUUGACAGAAGCGUGGUAAAGAGAGUGCCCUGUCCUACUCAUUAAAGCGCUUAUGAAUGAGUGACCCAGCAGGGCCACCUGCAGAAUGAAAGGACUACCUCCUCCGUGCAGAAUUUCCCUUCUCUUUUGGCUGCUCCUGUUUGGGUUUGUUUUCAAACCCAGUUCCCACCUCUUAGUGGAUGUGGUUGUAGGACCUGCAGGGCCCUUGUCACUACCCACUGCGAUCAGGAAAGUGGGGGAUGACUGCCCUCCCUCCUCUUCUUCACCCUUUCAGCCCUUCCCCGCCACCUCCCUGCUCCCUCGCACUUACCCCUUACACACAGCUCGGGCUCUCUAUCCCACGGCCUGUCCCUCUGGUUCACGAUCAUUACAGCUCACACCUAACUCAGAUUGUACCGCACCCAUCCUUUCAACUUACUAUUUCUCAUUUAAUUCUCGCAGCAACUGUCUUCGGCAGGUACUGACAUUUCCCCCCAGUUUCCAGAUGAGCGAGGCAAAGCGCAGAAAGUUUAAAUAUGUCGCCCGGUCACGUAAUAAGCGGCAAAGCCAGGGUGUGAAUCUAUGUGGUCUUACUCCUAGAGCUUCCACCGUGGAACAUGCUGACCUCUGAUUAAAACCCAGCCUCAGAAGCCGGUGUGGUAGACAGACGCGGCUUGGCAUCACCGGGGAAGCUGCUGUGCAGCUCGCACGUUCUGGCGUCGGUGGCACAGAGCGGCUCACCGAGAUGUGAGCGGAUGGCUCUUGGAGGGAAGUAGGGCCUCCCCGCGCGAGCCGUGUGGAGGUUCGUUUCAGGCUAGACCAGGCUGCUCAGGCUUUAGGUGCCAUCCGUGGUGUCGCGUGUCGGCUGUCGUGAGGGGAGGGAGGACCAUGACAUGAUUCUUCCCUGUCUCUUUUCUCUCCCCGUUUCCCUGCUGACCCAGCAGUGCCAAUGGCCAGUUCUCAUGGGCUCCUCCGGUCUGCGCAUUGCACUGCUGUCCCGGACUUUGUGCAUUUCCACUACAGUGCUGAUGGGUCACUUCUCUGUUGCCUCCUCUCCUAUAUUGAUGAUGUCUCACUGCUUUGGGUUUGGGGGUUGUUUUCUAUCGACAUUGUUUUGUGAGAGUCAUACGAAUAUUUUUAACUGUAGCUCAUUCAGUUUCACCGCUGUAGAGUGUCCCAUUUUCUGAAUACAUCUCUAUUUUAUAUUGCUGGAAAAUUAGACUGUCUCCAACUUUUGUUGUUAGGGUCCUGAAACAGUUUUUCGGCGCCUGGAUGUGUCUCCUUAUGUACCUGUGCCAGAGAGCACACUUAGGCAUGGACUUCCUGGGUUGUAAGAUAAAACGCACCUUCAGCUUUACAGUGUGAUUACAGAUUUUUGCCCAAAGUGAUCAUACUAAUUUUUACUCCCACUAGCCAUGUCUGGAAAAGCAUAAAGUGCAUAUUUUCUCUCUCCAGUGUUCUUAAAUUAUGAAACCUCCGUUGGAAGUAUUACUUCAUUUAUUGUUGUUAAGAGUAUCAACCGAUCAUCUUAUAAAGGAACUUUGGCUACACCAAAAGACACAUAAGAGAAUUAACUUCUUGACCAUGUAAAAAUUAAUGGAGACAGGGCAGCCUUUCCUUACAUAAGAAUUCCAAAUAAUAAAUGUAGAAGGAACAAAGGAAAUAGAAAAGCAACAUUAGGGCACCAGAGUUGUGCUGCAGGCAAGGCCCACUGAUAAAUGCCAACUAAAAUUGUGGGCAAAACUACAGGAGAAACCGCAUACUUGCAUUGCUUCAAAUAUAUCCCCCCCACAUAUUUACUUACUCUGUUUGCUUUUAACCUACACCCACAAAUUCUUUGAUGCUCAUCCAGGAAGUGGAGCAUAAUUUCCCUCCUUUGGGUGUGGGCUGGACUUAGUGACCCCCUUCUCAUGAAUGGGAUACAGAAAGGGAAAAAGUCACUUGACUGUGGAGAAACCUGGGAGACACCACCUUAACCACGUGAUGACAGUACCAUCAGCUCUCCUAAGUCGUGUUUCUGUCACACCCCGAUACGAUGCCUUGUAAAGGACCCUCCACGUCUGUGCUAUUCUUUCCCCAAAUCUAUAACCUCAGCGUAGUCCCGGGAAAACACCAAACACAAAUUGAAGGAUAAAUGUGCCACGGUUACAUAAAACGUUAACUUGAGGGGGCCUGGGUGAAGGGUGCGUGAGAACACUAAGUACUCUUUGCCGCUUUGUGUAAGUCUAAAGUCAUUUCAAAAUAAAAAUUUGUUAAAAAUCCAGUGAAGGAUUAGAACAAGCAUGUAUGUUCAUGUGGUUCAUGUGAAUAGGGAAAUGUCAAAAUAACUAAGUUUUAGCACUGUUGUAGAAGUAAAACUUCCCUCUAUUCCAUGUAGACUCAGUACAAUUUGUGUGUUUCUGGUUUGUUUUUUUUUUUAAGUUGCUAAUUUAUUUGCGGUUCCUCUAGGUCUUACUGUUUUAAAGUAUUUCAUUGCUGUAUGCUGAAGAAAUAAAUGUCUCCUGAGGGUUCAUGCCUUUUUGUUUUUAAGUUUUAUUUUCAGAAUUUCUACGUGCUAAGCAUUACACUUCUAAGAUAAACAGUAGUUUUUCACCACGAGAGACGCAAAAAGGUGGUGUUGAUUGCUUUUCUGUUAUAAAGAUUUAUGACAUGCUUUCAGCAAUAAAAACUGGUAUCAGUAGAAAAACUCUAAAUCUUACAUAUUUACAGAUCUUGUUAGUUUGUCAAUUUGCUUUCAAAGCACAUGGGUCAUUCAUACCUUAGAGUUUCAUACCUGACGUUGAUAUUUGUAAAACACAAGCCCAUAAACCCAUAUCCCUCUUCCUGCGUGUAACAAGCUCAUCCUUCCCCCUUUAUAACUGCGCGUCUCAGGAGUCGUCACCAACGGUUUGGGGGUGGGGUAUAUAAAGAACAUAAUCCGUUAAAGCCAAGUGUUCCUCAUAAUUAGUUUUUAUUCACUGCUGUGCUAUUUUAAGGGUGAGGUGUAUAUAUUUCAGCUCACUUACCCAUUCAGUGAUUCUUACAUAUAACUGAAAUGAGCAGGGUGGCUGCAGUCCGGAAAACAUGUCACCGUUUAACCUGGACUGUAGUUAUUGAGGUCCUUGCUGUUGUUCCUUUGUGUGUUCAAUUUUAUGUAACGCUAAAAUACAUAGCUCUUUAUAAAAUGUUUUACAGAUUUAUUCUGAAGCGUUACCUAUAAUUGUAACCAUGUUCUUAAGGCAUUCUUCGUUCCUAAACACUUGAAAACAUGAUUGUUUUCCUUUAAAGUGUUUAACAUUUCUUUCUCGGCAUUCCUCUGCAUUCCUUUUCCUUCUCUGGUGACAUUAGAAGCAUCUCGGAGCCGUCCGUCGGCUCCCUGGCUCCUAAGAGUGGAAGCCUACGCGGCCUGCUGUGGGCAGAAAGAGGUGGUUCACGGCCGCGCCCACCCCUCUCGCCCAGUCUCUUUCCUGGCUUCCCAGUGAGCUUCCCCUCACCGCUCCUGGAAGAGGCAUCCUGCCCACAGCUCUUGCCUUUCCACGUUGUUCUCUCUGCCUCCAGGCUCCUGCACACCACUCGUCCAGGGGGCACGCCUUGGCUCCUGGUGUGGACCCACCGCAGACCGCAGCCCCCGGGCCUGCGUGCACCGGCUGAGGACGCACUGUUGUGUCUUCCACACCGCUUACGAAUCCGCCCCUCCAUCACAGAAUUUCUUCCUUAAGAAUUUAUCUGGCUAGCUGUUUGUCUCUCUUCAUUGACACUCUGCGAAAGUGGGCAUUUGAGUGUGCAAGGAUCAACAGUGCAGGCCAACUUAAAUAUAAAAUGUCAUUCACAUGUCUUUCCACCUCCUUUUCCAUCACCUCUCUCCCCUGCCCACAGCUUCACCUGCAAACCUUAGAGAGGGCAUGCCUGCCUGAGGGUUGACACGCAGUACAGAGACCUCUCCCCAAAUUAUUCAUUGUUCUCACUUUAUUAUGUAGUUGUAACCUCACAGGUGGUCUGUCAUUUCUAUUAAUAAGUGCAUUCUUUUUAAUUUUUUUUAACGUUUUUAUUUAUUUUUGAGACAGAGAGAGACAGAGCAUGAAUGGGGGAGGGUCAGAGAGAGAGGGAGACACAGAAUCUGAAACAGGCUCCAGGCUCUGAGCGGUCAGCACAGAGCCUGAUGCGGGGCUCGAAGUCACGGACUGCGAGAUCAUGACCUGAGCCGAAGUCGGACGCUCAACCGACUGAGCCACCCAGGCGCCCCCAAUAAGUGCAUUCUUUAAGAUGCCGUUGCUCUUAGAAUAAUAACGGACCAGCAACUGUUCACACAUGAGUCUUUUUUAAUGUUUUCAGCACUGGCUUGGGCUUCGACUUGAGGUUAGGAAGGGUCCGGAGGCUCUUGGCUAUGUUGGACAAUGAAAUCAGUUAAGAAACAUUUGGGUAGGAACAAUAGAUUGGAGCUAAUAAGAUGCUAUAGUUUCGUCAUAUAAGAAAAUAUACACAAUGUCUCUGGUACAUAGAAGGUGCUGAAUCAAUGGUAGGAAGAGUUGUUGCUAAAAAAUCAUCAUUAUUAUGUUCAUUAUCAUUAUCAUUUGUGAGCACAGUCCUAGGAGUGUAACCAAGUAGGGUAAUGUUAUUUCUAAGUGAAAGUUAAUCCCAAAUUCCAUACAAUGUAAAAAAAAACACAAAAAACUGUAAGUAAAUUUUCUUACCAAAUAAUUUUUAAGUUCAGGACUGCCCAUACUGUUGUAAAGGGUCUGUUUGUUGUUCUUCCUACCCUACAUGACAUCUUGAGACUGUUGUUAAUAGUGGAAGAACAGAGAAUCUCCCUGGGCAGAGUUCAAAAACUGAGAAUAAUUUAGGAUCCCCCUGAGGCUCGUGCAAUGGAAAAAAAUUCCCUUACGUGAUGCAUAUUUCAUACUUACGUUGUUUACCACGUCUAAAUUUAGAACACAGCACAUUUCGUAUCAGGAGUUCUAACCCAAGGACCUUUGAGGCCGGCUUCUAUUUUAGGUGCUGAUUUUUCAAAAUCAACGGAAAUACAACCAUUUUAACAAUUUUUGCUUCUGAUAGUGUGCGUGACUCUGAAUCCUGCUUCUGUAAAGUGUCGGUUUAGUUGAUUAUCCUACAAAUGUCCCUUUGAAAUGAGAGUUACCCAUAAUGGAAUCUUGGCUGGAGAAAAAGAAAAAGGAAGUGGUUCUCAUUACAACGAAUUUUGACUCAUGAAUUUUCUGUGCGUGUAUCCUUGGCUUUGGCUAAGGGUUUGUCAUUUGUGGCGCUUGUGACUAUGUUUAAAUUAACAUCAAACUUUUUUUUCCAGUUGGCCUUGUACAUCUUAAGGCUACAUGUUAUAUAUAUUGUCACAUAUAAUGAAGAGAUAAAUAUUUAUUAUUUGGACAUGUUUAAAUAGAAGGUGACAUAUAUAACUUGGAAAGAAGAUGCUUUUAGAGCCUAAAAAUUAGUGCUUUGGAGGAUUUUUUUUUCACGGAUUCUGUCUUACUGUGCCUUUGCAUUUUUUUAUUCGUUUAGACAGGAAGCCUAAGCUUUUAACUCAUUUGCUGUCUAGACAAACGAAAACAACAGGGACUUGGGUGGGCUGCAUGGAAAAGAAACCUACCAAUAUCAUAGAGAUUAAACGGAGUCACCGUGAGGUUUUUCCUUUGUGUAUACAUGGCAGUCACAUUAUUGACUCAAUUCUAAUACCAGUUGCAAGGUGUGUUUGUAUCACAUGUCCAAAAUGAUACUUCUAAAAUAAGGUUGGAAGGUACGAAGUGAUUUUACAGUGUGAGAAGUAUCAGUUUCUAAAGAGCUAAGCAUCUGAUGAGGCUGGGGGUGGUUAGCCUCAGGGAUGUUAAUUGGAAACAGAGGGCUGCGAAUUCAUUGCUAAAUCUUAACAGCGAAGUCAGUAGUUUUCACUAGAGCAUUUAUGGUAAAUAUUUAGAGAGAUUUGCAUGUGCUGGCUUACUCUAUAUGGUCUUUGCAGCUGUAUUUUACCAUAGAGCGUAUAAAUUCAGCGACAGUCACCAGUGACCAGUCAAACCCUUCCUCUCUUUAGCACCACACUUGGCACAAGGAGUCACUGCUCUUAGGAAAGUUAGGGUCCAGUUAGAGAAAAAGAAAAAAUGCGUGUCUGAAUUUUAUACUUAAAAUUCUAAAAAGGAGAAGAGACACUAUUCCUGCUUUUGAAGAUAAUGGAGAGACUUUCUAAAAAGACCAUUGAACUGGCAUUUUAACCUGUGCGUCAAACCCAGGGGAAGUCACAGUGAGAAAUCAUUAACUGUAUCCUAUUAAAAUCCUUAAACAAGAGACCUGAACUAGUCUCAUUGAUUGAAAUAUCUUCUCUGUUUCUAAUUCAGUGUUUAUCCUCGUGCUCUCUUGGGGCACUUCUGAGCAAGAGAAGACCAAAUGUGUGUCUGUUCUGUAGUUCUCUAUCAGAGACUGAUCUAAUACUAUCAACUAAUUGUAUUGAGGGCCACAGCUUAGAGUAUGUUGGAGUCGAUUUGCUUUUGUAAAAACCCACUUAUUUAAUUAAACAAGGGAGUAAGAUUUUCUAACUUAUUCCCAGGUCUUGGAAGAGACGGUAAGAUGUCCCCAGCAUUACCUGAAUUUAUCCUUUAGGAAGCUAACUUACUAGAUACAUUGAAUACCAUCAAAACCAAAGAUGCCUCUGGAUGUAGUAAGUCAUAAUAAAUGAAAAAUAUUUUUAGGGAGCUGGGGGUGGGGAACAUGUCGGACUCCGAGCUCGGCAGGAAGUGGGACCAGUGCGUGGCGGAUGCGGUCAUGGAGAUAGGUGUCGGUUUUGGAUUAAGACUGGUUUUCUCACUUACCUUCUUUAAAAGAAGAAUGUGGCCAUUAGUCUUUGGUUCUGGCAUGGGAUUGGGAAUGGCCGACUCCAACUGUCAGCAUGAUUUCCAGGCUCCAUAUCUUCUACAUGGAAAAUAUGUCCAAGAGCAGGAGCAGUGACUUCCACCUGAGAACAUCCCAGUGGGAGGAAAAGAGAAAUCAUGUCUAUUCCUCAGGAAUACUGAAGUGCCCUGGAGUCAGCUGACAUUCUUCUGUAGCAAUGUCAUCAGUAAUGCUUUCAACUCCAGCACACUGUUUAUGUAUUUGAAACCAAGUCUGUUUCUUGUUUUGCAUUUUGUCUCUGGAAAUUGCAAGGAGGUGGUCUUAAAAGAAGUAAAUUAAAAGUAGGCAGCCC